AUGGCUGAUCUUUACAGUGUGAAUACAACGAGCAUAGCAAACAGCUUGACCUCAAUACAAAACCUGAAGAUCCCACCACCACUUUGGUAUCUACUGACUCUCUACCUCGGCCUCGUCGUUGUGAUGGGUCUCCUCGGGAAUCUGGUAGUUUUGUACUGCUCUUUGGUACACGGAGACCUCAGACUAGACUCUGCUUCCCUCAUAUUCGUUCACAGCAUGUCCGUGUCUGAUAUCUUCAGUGUCUUUUUGUUUUUCCUGCCCAUGUUUGCCACUGUUCUGUUCAGAGAAUGGGUCCUGGGAGAUAUUCUUUGUUGGGUGGCUGGGUUUUUCAAGUCUGCUUGUGUUGCCAAUGAGCUGCUUACAGUUCUUUCCAUGUCGGUGUAUCGACUGUGGAAAAUAUCAAGGAAAAAUGGAAGAAAUCCAACUAAGAUGUACAAAAUAAUCUACUCUGUGAUGUUGAUAAACCUGUUUAUAGCUCUUGCCAUGCCUGGAAGUGUUCUUUUGUGGAGGUUCUCAGUGGCUGUCAAUCCAGCUAUUCGGAGGAAAGGAACAGUUGCGGUCCCACAGUCUCACAACAUGACCACUUCUUAG